GUCCGGCCGCCCCCGGCCCCCGGCGGGCCCGCGCCUUCGGGCCCCCCCCCCAGUGCCGCCAGCGCCCCCGCCGCCCGCCCGCUCCCGCGGGGCGCCGCGCCCCCGGCCAUGGCGAAGAAGGGCGCCAAGAACGGCAUCUACAGCGUGUCCGGCGACGAGAAGAAGGGCCCCCUGAUCGCGCCCGGGCCCGACGGGGCCCCGGCCAAGGCCGACGGCCCCGCGGGCCUGGGGGCGCCUGGCGGCCACCUGGCCGUGCCACCGCGCGAGACCUGGACGCGCCAGAUGGACUUCAUCAUGUCCUGCGUGGGCUUCGCCGUGGGCCUGGGCAACGUGUGGCGCUUCCCCUACCUGUGCUACAAGAACGGCGGAGGUGUGUUCCUCAUUCCCUACAUCCUGAUCGCCCUGGUCGGAGGAAUCCCCAUUUUCUUCUUGGAGAUCUCGCUGGGCCAGUUCAUGAAGGCCGGCAGCAUCAACGUGUGGAACAUCUGCCCCCUGUUCAAAGGCCUGGGCUAUGCCUCCAUGGUGAUCGUCUUCUAUUGCAACACCUACUACAUCAUGGUGCUGGCCUGGGGCUUCUAUUAUUUGGUGAAGUCCUUCACCACCACGCUGCCCUGGGCCACGUGUGGCCAUACCUGGAACACUCCCGACUGUGUGGAGAUCUUCCGCCACGAAGACUGUGCCAAUGCCACCCUGGCCAACCUCACUUGUGACCAGCUUGCUGACCGCCGGUCCCCUGUCAUCGAGUUCUGGGAGAACAAAGUCUUGCGGCUCUCCGGGGGGCUGGAGGUUCCGGGGGCCCUCAACUGGGAGGUGACCCUGUGUCUGCUGGCCUGCUGGGUGCUGGUCUACUUCUGUGUCUGGAAGGGGGUCAAGUCAACAGGAAAGGUCGUGUAUUUCACCGCUACAUUCCCCUACGUGGUCCUCGUUGUGCUGCUCGUGCGUGGAGUGCUGCUGCCUGGAGCCGUGGACGGCAUCAUCUACUAUCUCAAGCCUGACUGGUCGAAGCUGGCGUCCCCUCAGGUAUGGAUAGAUGCCGGGACCCAGAUUUUCUUUUCUUACGCCAUUGGCCUGGGGGCCCUCACGGCCCUGGGCAGCUACAAUCGCUUCAACAACAACUGCUACAAGGAUGCCAUCAUCCUCGCACUCAUAAACAGCGGGACCAGCUUCUUUGCUGGCUUCGUGGUCUUCUCCAUCCUGGGCUUCAUGGCCACAGAGCAGGGCGUGCACAUCUCCAAGGUGGCGGAAUCAGGGCCUGGCCUGGCUUUCAUCGCCUAUCCCCGGGCCGUCACGCUGAUGCCUGUGGCCCCGCUCUGGGCUGCUCUGUUCUUCUUCAUGCUGCUGCUGCUUGGCCUUGACAGCCAGUUUGUAGGUGUGGAAGGCUUCAUCACCGGCCUGCUGGACCUCCUCCCGGCCUCCUACUACUUCCGUUUCCAAAGAGAGAUCUCCGUGGCCCUCUGCUGCGCCCUCUGCUUUGUCAUUGAUCUCUCCAUGGUGACCGAUGGCGGGAUGUAUGUCUUCCAGCUGUUUGACUACUAUUCAGCCAGCGGCACCACCCUGCUCUGGCAGGCCUUCUGGGAGUGUGCGGUGAUCGCCUGGGUGUACGGAGCCGACCGCUUCAUGGACGACGUGGCCUGCAUGAUCGGGUACCGACCUUGCCCCUGGAUGAAAUGGUGCUGGUCUUUCUUCACCCCGCUGGUGUGCAUGGGCAUCUUCAUCUUCAACACGGUGUACUACAAGCCGCUGGUCUACAACAACACCUACGUGUACCCGUGGUGGGGCGAGGCCAUGGGCUGGGGCUUCGCGCUCUCCUCCAUGCUGUGUGUGCCCCUCCACCUCCUGGGCUGCCUCCUCAGGGCCAAGGGGACCGUGGCUGAGCGCUGGCAGCACCUGACGCAGCCCGUCUGGGGCCUCCACCACUUGGAGUACAGAGCUCAGGACUCGGAUGUCAGGGGCCUGACCACCCUGACCCCAGUGUCUGAGAGCAGCAAGGUGGUGGUGGUGGAGAGCGUCAUGUGACAGGUGCCCCGGCUCACAUCACCAGCUCACCCUCUCGUAGCCAUAGCAGCCCCUGCUCUAGCCCCCCACCCCCCCAGGGGGCUUGCCUUUCCCUGACACCUAUGGGGUCUGCCUGGGGGGGGGGGGGAGGGGAGGAAGCACCAGAGUGCUUAUAACUAAAAUAACUUUUUCCAUUUUUAAUAAAAUGCCAAAAAUAUCACAACCCACCAAAACUAGAUGCCUCCCCCACCCCCCUUAACCAAGCUGGUGCCCACGCUGCUUCCCAAGCCCUGCCGCCCGCCCUCCAGUGCCCGCUACCGUCACGUCUCACCUGACCCCACCAGGCCCUGCCUGCCUCUGUCCAGGCUCUGCCCAGCACACCCUUGGGUGGCCCCUCACCCCAGGGGCAGCAGUGGCAGCUCGGGGAACAGGGGGACUGGAGAGCAGAGGGGGCAGGCGAGGGGGGGGCAGCAGAACCAAGGCGAAUAUUUCAGCUGGGCUAGACCCCUCUCCCCGUCCCUACUCUAGAAGCUUAGAGAGCCAGCCAGCAAGGGAACCUUCAGUUCCUGAGCCAAUUGCCACCAAUAGCAGUUGUGUGAGCUUGAGUGCAUGUGUGCGUGAGUACAUAGGGUAUAGACAUAGAUCUCUAUUUCUUAGCCAAGGUGAAUACCAGGUGUACAUUGUGCCUGUGGGCAAAUGAGGCUUGUAUUUUGCACAUUUUAUAAAAACUUGAGGAGAU